CAGAGGCGCGGCGGCGGCGGCGGCAGCGGAGGAAGAGGAGGAGGAGGAGAAGGAUGCAGGGGGCUGCGGGCGGCGGCGCGGCCCGGUCCGCAGUGAAGCCCGCGGCGCCCGAGGCGCAGGGAGUGGCCGUCGCCUCCUGCGCGCACCAUUCCUGAGAUGGCGGCGGCGCGGCGGCAGCUCGGGGAGCCGAGGAGGGGUCAGCCGGGCGGGGGCUGAGCCCCGCCGGCCCGGGAGCUCGCCGGGGACCCUCGCAGGUGGCCGAGCCCCGGUCGGCAGGCAGGCCUGCAGAGCGGAGAGGCCGGGGGCGGCCCCGGAGCGGAGCGCGGCGCCCGGCCCGGGGAGGCCGCGAUGGCGAACGCAAGCGAACCGGGCAGCGGCGGCGGCGGCGGUGGGGAGGCGGCCGCCCUGGGCCUCAAGCUGGCCACGCUCAGCCUGCUGCUGUGCGUGAGCCUGGCGGGCAACGUGCUGUUCGCGCUGCUCAUCGUUCGGGAGCGCAGCCUGCACCGCGCCCCGUACUACCUGCUGCUCGACCUGUGCCUGGCCGACGGGCUGCGCGCGCUCGCCUGCCUCCCGGCCGUCAUGCUGGCGGCGCGGCGGGCCGCGGCCGCCGCGGGGGCGCCGCCGGGCGCGCUGGGCUGCAAGCUGCUCGCCUUCCUGGCCGCGCUCUUCUGCUUCCACGCCGCCUUCCUGCUGCUCGGCGUGGGCGUCACCCGCUACCUGGCCAUCGCGCACCACCGCUUCUACGCCGAACGCCUGGCCGGCUGGCCGUGCGCCGCCAUGCUGGUGUGCGCCGCCUGGGCGCUGGCGCUGGCCGCGGCCUUCCCGCCCGUGCUGGACGGCGGCGGCGGCGGCGACGACGAGGACGCGCCGUGCGCCCUGGAGCAGCGGCCCGACGGCGCCCCGGGCGCGCUGGGCUUCCUGCUGCUGCUGGCCGUGGUGGUGGGCGCCACGCACCUCGUCUACCUCCGCCUGCUCUUCUUCAUCCACGACCGCCGCAAGAUGCGGCCCGCGCGCCUCGUGCCCGCCGUCAGCCACGACUGGACCUUCCACGGCCCCGGCGCCACCGGCCAGGCGGCCGCCAACUGGACGGCCGGCUUCGGCCGCGGGCCCACGCCGCCGGCCCUCGUGGGCAUCCGGCCGGCCGGGCCGGGUCGUGGCGCGCGCCGCCUCCUCGUGCUCGAGGAGUUCAAGACGGAGAAGAGGCUGUGCAAGAUGUUCUACGCCGUCACGCUGCUCUUCCUGCUCCUCUGGGGGCCCUACGUCGUGGCCAGCUACCUGCGGGUCCUGGUGCGGCCCGGCGCCGUCCCCCAGGCCUACCUGACGGCCUCCGUGUGGCUGACCUUCGCGCAGGCCGGCAUCAACCCCGUCGUGUGCUUCCUCUUCAACAGGGAGCUCAGGGACUGCUUCCGCGCCCAAUUCCCCUGCUGCCAGAGCCCGCAGGCCACCCAGGCCACCCUCCCCUGCGACUUGAAAGGCAUCGGUUUAUAAGUGGCCCUCCCGCCACCUGCACCCCAGCCCGGCCUCUCUCUUUGGCUUGGAUGGCGACGUCUUUUCUGCCCUUCGGCCCCCUUUUUAAUUUUCUACGCUGCCUUCAAAACGACUCUCGAAGUGCAUCAUCACUUGGAUUGUACAGACUCCAAUUGUACAGGGGUAGGGUUUCGAAGUCCCAGCCCCACCCCAGCUCCUGCGAUUGUCCUUCUAAAUAUAUUUUCAUCCUGACAUGGAUGUAAGUCCUGGAGUCUUUGUACUUGUACUAAUGUCUUUUAUUCCAUGUGUUACUCUUUUUUUUUUUUUUUUUAAAUAAAGGCUAAUUUUCUUCAUGCAACCUUUCCUAAAGACCAUGGCCAGUUUUCUACAGAAGCUAUUUUUGACAACCUCAAGUGGCAUUACAUUUUGCAGUGAAGUAGAGGAACCCAGAGGGGCUUCACCAGUUCGAUUUCUUGAGGGUCUUCUGUUGGAAGCAGGAGACAGAGGGAAAGUUGUCUCGAGUUCCUUCUGAAUUGCCGGCCUGGGGUCAGCUGGACUGCUCUGGUUCUUGGAAGGCGUUGAGAACUUUGUUCAGUAUUGAUAGUGAAUUUAAAGAGCAGAGAUGGGAGAGAGUAGCAAGGAAGUCAUUUUUAAUAGGUAACAACACAAGUAAGAUUUGUUUCCUACCUUGCUUUAUACACUAGGAAAUGCCCGUCAGCGACAAACUGCUCUCUGUAUUAUACCAAUCUCGAGUGGAAACAUUUCUGUAAAAUUGUACCUUUCAAAAGAGUAAAAAGUGUUUUGGUUAGUAAUGGUGUGGAGAAAAUACAGUAUUGCAUGUUUUUGUAUGUACUGAUUGUGGUUGAUGGAUUGGGAGGGCUCUCUGAGACAAGCAGAGUACUACAUCAAAACUGUUCAGGUAUUUUUGGCCAAUAAAAAUUAAAAAACUUUAUGGAAACAGUUUUUGCUUUGAGGAGCCCAGUUUUAUUCUGUCUUAUGAAACUGAUUUCCACUUUGAAAAUUGUUCUUCUUUUGUUCAUGGUAUAAAUGGAUGGACUAUAAUGAUACUCUACUUCUGUGAGACAAAGCAUUUCCUUAAAAUGUUUGCUAGGUUAAGCUGUGCUGUUCUCCUGAUGGUUAUUUUAAAUUAAUAAUGAGAACUAUAAUUUUAAAUACUAUUUAUUUGUUAGGCACAUUGUAACCUUAAAUUGAAAGACUAAAUUCUGCAAGUACUGUAUAAUAUUUUUUCGCUUACAAUGCUACAUUUUUAUCAAUGUAUCUUCCGUUUUGAGGGUUUAUAUCUGUAUUUCUCUUUGCAUUAUAUAAAUAUACCAGUAUUUUCAUUCUGGA